ACCAUCCAAUCCAAUUCUACCUUUCCCCUCCAAGCUUCGUUAUCCUCCCUUUCUUCUUCCCUCUACAAUGGGACUUCGCCUUUUCCACUGAACCAAAAAAAAAAAAAAAAAAAAAAAGAAAGAGAAAGCCUAUUUUUAUACGAUUUAUACUACUUUGUAGUACAUAAAAAUAUAGUAUAUCUGAACUUUGUUGUAGAAAUACUUUUGGGGGGAAAAAUGGCGGCUGUGAGCUCAGUCUCAACGUUUUCAGGAAUAAAAAAGCAAUCUUUCGAUAGUUUUAAGAAAAUUUCUGCUCGGAAUUUGUCCUCCAAUUUUGAAGCUUUUAAGUUGCGUUUAAGCUUCUUCUAUGGCUUGGAUUCUGUUAAUAUUAGUUACAGCAACAGUGAAAAGUCCCGGUGCUUUGCAGUCCAUUGCAUGUCUACUGCCACGGAUGUGCCAACCGUGUCUGAGACAAAAUUGAAUUUCCUAAAGGCUUAUAAGCGGCCAAUUCCUAGUAUCUACGGCACUGUAUUGCAGGAGUUGCUUGUCCAACAGCACCUAAUGAGGUACAAAAGGACAUAUAAGUAUGAUGCUGUCUUUGCUCUGGGUUUCGUAACUGUGUAUGAUCGAUUAAUGGAAGGCUACCCUAGCGAUGAGGAUCGUGAAGCAAUUUUCCAGGCUUACAUAAAGGCUUUAAAGGAGGAACCUGAAAAAUAUAGAUCCGAUGCACAAAAAUUGGAAGAGUGGGCCCGCACUCAAAAUGCUGGUACAUUAGUUGAUUUUUCAUCCAGGAAAGGAGAAGUUGAAAGCAUUCUAAAGGACAUUGCAGAAAGAGCAGGAAGCAAGGAAGGUUUCAGUUACAGUAGAUUUUUUGCUAUUGGUCUCUUCCGCCUUCUUGAGUUAGCAAAUGCCACAGAACCUGCCAUAUUGGAGAAGCUCUGUGCUGCAUUGAACGUAAACAAGAAAAGUGUGGAUCGGGAUCUUGAUGUUUACCGCAAUUUGCUCUCUAAGCUUGUUCAAGCAAAAGAACUCUUGAAGGAGUAUGUGGACAGGGAGAAAAAGAAAAGAGAAGAGAGGGCUGAAUCUCAGAAGGCAAGUGAAGCUGUUAAAAAAUGUUUGGUAGAAAGCCAAUAUGCAGGCUCGUAAUUUAAGCUUGUUUGUUGAUUUUACUGUCAAUGUUGUUACAGUGAUCGAGGUUAACACUUCAUGCUGUAUUUCUCUGUAACACUUUGUAACCAUGUUUUUCAAGGAUGUAAGUUGCUGUUGGUACUUCUAAGAGGCCUAGAAAUUUAGCAUUCUGGUUCAUGUUACCGUUCUGCUUAUCUCUCUCUGUUGGCUCCCUCAGGUUUCUUGAAUACCUUUUCAUUGCACACUAUUAAACAUUCCAGAAGAUAUUGGACAACCCUGGACACGGUUUCUUGUUGGAAUAUUUA